AUUGACGCGCAUGCGCGUUUCACAUGCAGCCUGCGCAUUUGCGCAGUUCAACGAGCAUCAUCAUGGCUUCGUUGUUGUCCAACGUGUUGCUAAUGUCAUACAGAAGGUUAGGAAAGCUUGUGUCGGUGAUUUCCAGGAACCAUUCUUCACUUACAACUGAAUUAAUUGAGAACAUGGAUAAGAAAGCAACGUGGGACCGGUUUUACACUGAAAACCGCGGCAGAACACCAAACUUUAAGAACUUUGAGUGGUUUUUUGGUUUUGGCACAGUUCAGGACUUUAUCUUGCCCUUGCUGCAUUCUAAACCUGACUCUAAUACUCUCUUCCAAGUAUUGGAUUUGGGCUGCGGAACCUCUGCCUUAGGUCUUGAUAUAUACAAUAAUUCCUUCUCUGCAGUGCAAGUGACCUGCGCAGAUAUUUCCCCAGUAGCUGUGCGCUUUAUGCAAGAACAAAUUAGAACCAAAGCAGCAGAACCUCGUAAUCCUGAUUCAAGACUGGAAUUCUUAGAACUGGAUUGUACAGAACUCCACCAACACUAUGGCUCUGAAAGCCUAGACCUAAUAAUAGAUAAGGGUACAACAGAUGCCUUGUUGAGAUCCAGGGAAGGGAGAGGCAAAGCUGAUCAGGUUCUAAAGCAGUCUCUGCGCGUAUUACGAAGUUCUGGGUUAUAUCUGCAGUUUUCGGACGAGGACCCUGACGCCAGGCUACUUUGGUUGGAAACAGUGGGUCAGGAGCUUGGGGGGGUGACUGCAGAUGUAUGCGUGCAAGAGGUAGGCGACUUGAGGGGAAUUUGUUACUUCUGCUACCAAAUCAGACCACGACAUGCUGCAUAGGAACCUAGUUGGCACUACUGUGCUGAAUUGGACUGUUCACAUCCUGAGAUCAGGAGGUGGAGAACACUUGUUUGCGAUUGCUUUGUGAAUGCUUUGAAUGGAUUUGAUUAAAUAUCAUACAACUAUGCCUCUUUCCUAGUGAUUUACUAAAGGGUUGUAGUCUUAACCAGGCAUGUCUCAUCGGUAUAUAGGCUAAAUGAAGGCAGUCAACAUAAAACAAAACACAAAAUAAUGUGUGAGAUCUGUGCAACAAUAUUGUCACUGUGAUCAGUACUGUUUAUUCAUACAAUUCCUUUUUAUAGUGACUGCAAUUUAAGUUUUAUCAGGGGUGCAGCCUGGAAAAUGCCUGUGUAAAAGCCAGACAAAAAUAGUAUUGAGCAAUUCCAAACUUUAGUCAACUUCACACAUGACACAGAAACUAUUCCAGUGUUGCUUGGAAAUAGAAGCUUAAAGGAAGAAGAUAGUAACAUAUCCCAGUGUUUGAUUACAU